GCAUGGGCAUGGAGGUGCAAGGGCACUGAGUGGGCAUCUCGGGGGGGAUCACCACACAAAACAUCCGGUCUGACCUUUGCUAACGGAUUAAUUGACGACGGCAUACAGAAUAGCGGCUGAAUUGUUUGGAUAAAACUGAAUUUAUUGAACAACUGAAGGAUUACACCGAGUACUUAUCUACUUUUUUAUUUUAUUUCUGCAGCUUCAGCUCAAUUCGCGGGAACUUCUCAUUUUUAAUAGCUUAUUUUCAACACUUCCUUUUUUUCGGUCAAGUUUACUCCAUUAUAAUCUAUCACAAUGGUCGUGGGUAAGAUGAAGUUCACGUUUCAGAAAAGGGUGAAGUUGGCCCAGGGUUUAUGGAUGCUGUCGUGGUUGGCGACGGUUGGUGGAGCGAUCACCUUCACUUUAGGAUGCUUCCUAAAGACUGAGCUACGAAGGAGGGGAGAGGUAAUGGACAACACAGACAUCCAUUGUGUGCCCAACACCUUGAUGAUUGUUGGUCUGGCUUCGAUGGGCGGCAAUUACUUUGCCAGUCGAAUCUGCCAGGAUGCCCUGGAUGCCGGGCGUUUCCCACGGUGGAAGACCUACAUGAAGCCUUUUUUUGGCUGCUCCAUUUUCUUCACCACCCUCAUGUUGAUUUCAAUCAUCUUGAGUUACAUCAUGAAGGGCAGCCUGGAGACCUCGCUGAAAAUCGGCCUGAAGAACGGCAUCCGCUUCUACAAGGACACCGAUAUCCCUGGCCGCUGCUUCCAAAAGCAGACCAUCGACCGGCUUCAGAUGGAGUUCCACUGCUGCGGAAACACAGACUACAGGGAUUGGUUCGAGGUGCAGUGGAUCAGCAACCGCUACCUGGAUUUCAGCUCUAAGGAAGUUAAGGACCGCAUUAGGAGCAAUGUCGACGGCCGCUAUUUGGUGGACGGUGUGCCCUUCAGCUGCUGUAACCCCAGCUCUCCCAGACCCUGCAUUCAGUACAAAAUCACCAACGACUCUGCCCACUACAACUACGAGCACGAGACGGAGGAGCUCAACCUCUUCAUCCACGGCUGCAGGGAAGCUCUGGUCAACUACUUCAUGGGGCUGAUGAACACCAUUGGAGCCGUCGUUCUGUCCGUCUUUCUCAUUCAGUGCUCGGUGUUGUCUAGCGUGCGCCUCCUGCAAACAUCCAUGGAAGCGGUAGCCGGACAGGAGAACGUGGAGAUCGACACUGAAGGCUACUUGCUGGAGAAAGCCUUGAAGGAGACCAUCAUGGAGUACGUGGAUCCUGUGAUGAAGCUCCUUUUGCUGAAUCAAGUCGGAUCUUCUGAAGAUAAAGCAGAAGCAGGAGCCGCAACCAGCUAAAACCAUCUUCAUCCCACAUCUGAAACCUUUCCAGCUGGAGGCUGAGAGUGCUGACAAAUCGUCAUCAAUCCAAUAAUACAUUCAUUUCUUUUCAUUCGGGUUAAGGCUGGUUUAUAGUUCUGCGUCAGGCGUACGUUGUGCUCUAGCGCAGCCUUCACGCGGUCGCAGACCCCUUGCCGUGGCCGACACUGAUGCACAGCUCUUGAAAAUUGUAACUACAUGUCGUAAUGGCACGUAGCGCAAGCUCUGUGAUUGGUUGGCUUGGUAGCAGUGACAUGUGUGGGCGGUGCUAAGAGCCACUUGAUCCCAAUGGAGUGAGUGUUUACAAGUGUUGAGUCCUGUGUUUACCUCAUAAUUAAAGACGUUGGACGUCCGCCGGUUCCCACUUCUGAAUAAGCAAGUUUUAGCUACUUGUACAUUAAGGUAGCGUUCAGAUAAAACAAAACACCAGCGAAGAAACUCGACACAGAGAAACAUAAAAGCCUCCUGCCAGCUAGCACUUGGGAAGAGUUAUUGCAGAGCAACACAAACAGCAUGCAGAAGUAUAAAUGCACGACGCGCAAGGCAGGCGCUAUGGGUCACGGCGAUCACUUGACACAGAAGCAUAAAUCAGCCUUUAGUCCUUUGUUUAUGAGGGGUCACCACAGCGGAAUGAACCACCAAUUCAAUAAUUCAUCUAUUGGUAUUUACAAAUCUCCACUCAAUGACUGAAAUGAAUGAAUGGUAACACUUUACUUGUAGGGGCGUUUAUAAGACUGUCGAGAAACCUUUAUAAUCAUAAUAUGACACGUUGUGAAUGAGAUUUUUUGCUUGCUUACGACAACUAUUUAGUGUCAUUUGCUCAUUUUAAAUGCAAAGAUGACAUUGUUUGCUAUGGUAACUUGACUCUCACUACCAGUCUUCAUCUUUGUCGGUAAUUUGACAUUACCAAGACAACUUAACUUGUCAUAAAUCUGUCACAAGAUUGCCAUAAGGACAUUAUAAUUGUGUCAUGUGAUCACAUUUUCAGUGGAACAAACUGUAUUUGUCAUUGAAAUGUCUCAAGUGUCAUUACUCUGUCAAAUCAUUUUUAACAGCGUCAUUAAUAUUUAAUGACAUUUUAAUUACAAAUUUGGCUUGAACUGCUGUAAUUGAGGUUAUAUAUAUACUUUACUAGCAAGACGUCUCUUCCUUUUAAAGUGGAAACACGUCUCUCCACCCUCUUGAUGCAUGGAUAAAAGAAGUGUUUACUUGCAUUAGAUUGAAAACGGUUAUACUAUCACUUACUGGCUUUUUAAAGACCUUUGACAAGGUGUGGCGCCCUUUUUUUAGAUUAUUUGCUGGCUAACUCUCUUGAUUAUUAAGCUGAGCAAUAAUAUAUAAAUACAUACUGAAUUUAUAAGUUUUUUUUCCUUUCUUUUUUCCUUUCCCCUUUAAAAAUUUUUAUUUUAAUUAUCUUUUUACUCAUUAAUUAUGUUUUAGCUUUUCAAUGGGAGGUUAUGGACUGUUGAGGGAGGGUAAUGUUAAAUUGGGGUCGUGUUAGCACCAACAUGGAAGGAUAAUUAUAAAAUGAAUGUUGUAAUUGAUAAUCCAUGUAGAAAACAUAUAUAUAUAUAUAUAUAUAUAUAUAUAUAUAUAUAUAAUGCUGUUAUAAAAUUCAUGACAUGCCUAUAAUGGCUUCUUGACAAUCAUGUUUAUGACAGAUUUAUGACAGGCUUUGUUGUCUUGGUAAUGUCAAGUUGUCAUGACAAAGACAAAAACAGGUUGUGACGUAUUUGUUUAUGUCAAAUUGUCAUAACAAACGAUGUCAUCUUUGCAUUUAAAAUGUUUUAAAGGGAAUGACACUUAAUGACAGUUGUUAUAAGCAUGCAUAAAAUCUCAUUCACAUUCAUGUGUCAUGAUUUUAAAGGUUUGGUCUUUUGAACACCCCUUCAAGCAAAGUACUACCAAAUAAAUUUACAAACCCUAGCAUUUUACCCGAUUUCAUUAUUAUUAUUAUAAUAUUUUAAAACAAAAUCUGUCAAUCUCUUCAGCAUUUAUGAUUAAAUAUGUGAUAUUGCUUACCUUCGGGUGAGUAAACAAACGCUCAAACCUGUGAGGAGAAACUUGGAAAUGAUUAGCAACAUGACUUUACAACAUACCUGCUCCUGUUUUUUUCCUGGGAGUCUCCCGUGUGUCAGACCUAUCUCCCACCACCCUCCCGUUUUGUUAUUUCUCAUGGAAAACUCCUGUAAUUUUAAUUCCUCAGGUUUUUGGUACAGUCUAUAACACCCCCAGGUCUUUGACAUUGGUAUAGUUUCCAAUCGCAGCGGCUGCCCGAAACCCGGUGCAUAGUUACUUAGCUGUGUCAUUCAGACACUUCACCCCCGACACUUAGACAUCCCCACCACUCCCCCUCUCGGUCUCCCAGAUUUUCAGAGACAAAUGUUGGCAGGUAUGCUCGACAAGUGGGUCAAAAGGAUUGCAUUUAAUAUAUAUUUUAGCUACAGAUAGUUUCUAUUUAAUUGGAAAUAACAUUCUUACUAUCAAGUGUUUAAAAUAUUCACUUGCACACUUUUUUCCUUGAUACAGAAAGUAUAAGUAUGCACUCCUUUUUGCAACAUAGGCUCAUUCUGAAAACGUAGGCCUAUCAACGUUUCUGAAGAUCGCGAAUUAUAUAGCCAGAAGUACGUAUGGCUGCAUUUCAUUUUUAAAACGAACGCUACGGAGCUGUAUGAUGCCGUUUUUUUUCGCAUUUACUAGCUGACUGCUUACCUCCAUAUGGACGGCAUUCCAGCUGUUACCAGUUUGUCUGGUUAGCUCACCAUAUAUGUCGGUGGGCGGGUCAAUCUGUGCUUUUAAAAAUUCUAUUGGUUGGGUUUAGGGAAGGAGGAGGGUGGGUCAGUCGAUCAGUCAGUCAUUCAGUCAGUCAGUCAGUCAGUCAGUCAGUCAACAGUGGCUCUUGGUGGAUUUACAUGAGAACAGCAGGCACGAAUGGCACUCGAGAGAGAAAUUUGAGAUCUCAACAAGCAUACACAGCGGCCUCUGGUGGAUUCAAGAAAACAAAAACUGCAAAAAACAAAAACGUAGCUCCAGGGACAAAUUUGGCGCUCUCCAGAAAUGUAUACAGAGGUACGCUUUCAGAAUGAGUCUGGGUUGCCUUUUUCACAAGUGUAAAAUCUGAAAUCUACACAGUCAUGAUAAAAUUAGUUCAAACCAUCCUCAAUCUUUAAGAAUUCUGUAAUUUCAAUAAAAGUAAUUAUAAUAAAAAUCAAUCAGAAGUAUUACAAUUUCAUAGUUUUCUCCAAGCAUUAAUUUUCUCACUCAGCGUUAAAUGCCUAUUGUAAACAUAAAUACGUACCUGUCAUUAAGUCAUCUUUGUUUUGCAUUCAGCAUGGAAUUAAAUGCAUUGUAAGUGUUAAAAGAGGGUGUAGAUGAUGCUCAAUGCUCUGCUAUGAAACACUGUACUCGCAGAAAUCUGUCAGUUCUAAUAAAAUCUGACAUUUUGAACUGC